AUGGCACCGGUUCAAGCCCUUUGGUUGGCCUGGGCACUUCUAGGCGGCGGAGCGUGCCCGGAGCCGUGCGCCUGUGUAGACAAGUACGCGCACCAGUUUGCCGACUGUGCGUACAAGGAGUUGCGCGAGGUGCCCGAAGGAUUGCCAGCUAACGUGACCACGCUUAGUCUGUCCGCCAACAAGAUCACAGUGCUGAGGCGUGGGGCCUUCGCCAACGUCACGCAGGUAACAUCGCUGUGGCUGGCACACAGUGAGGUGCGCACGGUGGAGCCGGGGGCGCUGGCUGUGCUGAGCCAGCUCAAGAACCUCGACCUGAGCCACAACCUCAUAUCAAGCUUCCCUUGGAGCGACCUGCAUAAUUUGAGUGCGCUGCAGCUUCUCAAAAUGAAUCACAACCGCCUGGCAUCGCUGCCCCGGGACGCACUCGGCGCGCUGCCUGACCUGCGCUCCCUGCGUAUCAACAACAAUCGGCUGCGUACGCUGGAGCCCGGCACCUUCGACGCGCUGAGCGCGCUGUCACACCUUCAACUCUAUCACAAUCCCUUCCACUGCGGCUGUGGCCUCGUGUGGCUGCAGGCCUGGGCCGCGAGCACACGAGUCUCGUUGCCUGAGCCAGAUUCCAUUGCGUGUGCCUCACCUCCCGCGCUGCAGGGUGUGCCGGUGCACCGCCUGCCCGCCCUGCCCUGUGCGCCGCCCAGUGUGCGUCUGAGUGUAGAGCCGCCGCCUGAGGCUCCCGGCACCCCUCUGCGCGCGGGUUUGCCUUUCAUGUUACAUUGUGACGCUGAAGGCCACCCCACGCCCCGCCUGCAAUGGCAACUUCAGAUCCCUGGUGGCACCAUAGUCUUAGAGCCGCCAGUCCAGGGUAGGGAGGAUGAUGGGGACAGGGCAGAGGAGGAGGAGGAAGAAGAAGGAGAUGGAGACGUGCCAGCGCAGACCGAAGCCCCAACAGCGACUCCGGCGGCACCGGCUUGGCCCGCACCUCCAGCAACUCCGCGUUUCUUGGCCCUAGCAAAUGGCUCCCUGUUGGUGCCGCUUCUGAGUGCCAAGGAGGCAGGCGUCUACACAUGCCGUGCACACAAUGAGCUGGGCGCCAACUCGACGUCAGUACGCGUGUCUGUAGCUGCAGCCGGUCCUCCAAAGCACGCUCCUGGCGCAGGGGGAGAUCCUGGUGGUCAGGCCCCAACCUCUGAGAGAAAGGCCACAGCCAAGGGCAGGGGCAACAGCGUCCUGCCCUCUAAGCCUGAGGGCAAAACCAAAGGCCAAGGCCUGGCCCGCGUUAGCAUCCUCGGGGAGACAGAGGCAGAGCUGGAGGAGGAGGAGGGAGGAGAAGGAGAGGAAGUGGAAGACCAGAUCCCUGCGGACCCGGUGGAAGAGAAGCACUGUGGUCGCGGGGACCCCUCUCUGUACGUGUCUAACCACGCGUUCAAUCAGAGUUCAGAGCUCAAGCCACACGUCUUCGAGCUGGGUGUCAUCGCGCUGGAUGUUGCGGAGCGCGAGGCGCGGGUGCAGUUAACGCCGCUGGCUGCGCGCUGGGGCCCUGGGCCGGGCGGGGCUGCGGGAGCCGGGCGACCUGGGCGGCGGCCCCUGCGCCUGCUCUAUUUGUGUCCAGCGGGCGGCGGCGCGGCGGUGCAGUGGUCCCGCGUGGAGGAUGGUGUCAAUGCUUACUGGUUCCGCGGCCUGCGGCCCGGCACCAACUACUCCGUGUGCCUGGCGCUGGCGGGCGAGGCCUGCCAUGUGCAAGUGGUGUUCUCUACCAAGAAGGAGUUGCCCUCACUGCUGGUCAUCGUGACGGUGAGCGUAUUCCUCCUGGUGCUGGCCACCGUACCCCUGCUGGGCGCCGCCUGCUGCCAUCUGCUGGCCAAACACCCCGGCAAGCCUUACCGUCUUAUCCUGAGGCCCCAGGCCCCCGACCCUAUGGAGAAGCGCAUCGCCGCGGACUUUGACCCGCGCGCCUCCUAUCUUGAAUCUGAGAAGAGCUACCCCGUAGGCGGCGAGGUGGGCGGUGAGGAGCCAGAGGAGGCCCCGGGGGAGGGCCUUGAUGAAGACGCGGAGCAAGGGGACCCGAGUGGGGACCUGCAGAGAGAGGAGAGCCUGGCAGCUUGCUCACUGGUGGAGUCCCAGUCCAAGGCCAACCAAGAGGAGUUUGAGGCGGGCUCUGAGUACAGCGAUCGGCUGCCUCUGGGCGCGGAGGCUGUCAACAUCGCCCAAGAGAUUAACGGCAACUAUAGGCAGACGGCGGGCUGAGCCCCCAGCCUUCCUGGCCCGCCCAUUCCCACUCUGGCCUUGGGUGCCUGAUAGCAGAAGCCUAGGGCUGGCAGGACUUACCUCC